AUGGAGAGAGAUUCUGAUCCAAACACGCAUCUACCUCCAGGUUUUAGAUUCCAUCCUUCAGAUGAGGAGCUCAUAGUUCAUUACUUGAGAAACAAGGCAACCUCAAGACCACUUCCAUCGUCCAAUAUUAUUGCUGAAGUAGAUCUAUACAAGUGUAACCCAUGGGAGCUACCAAAGAAAGCUUUCUUUGGCGACGAUGAAUGGUAUUUUUUCACCCUAAGGGAUAGAAAAUACCCUAAUGGAGUCAGGCCUAAUAGGAUGGCAGCAUCAGGUUAUUGGAAGGCUACAGGAACUGAUAAACAAAUUCUUAAUAAGUCUAAGUCGGUCAUUAUAGGGGUGAAAAAAUCUCUAGUAUUCUACAACGGGCAUCCAUCAAAAAGUGUUAAAACAGAUUGGAUCAUGCAUGAAUACAGAUUGCCGGAAACAGUACAUCUGAAUUCUCAGAGUAAUGGAUCCAUGAAGUUGCUUAAAUUCUUUCUUUGGACGGUCUGUGCAACUCUUGGUGGAGGAAGCAACAAUCCUGAUUAUCGUAGGGCGUUAAUGGCAACACAUGAUGGUGACAAACGGAAGAUCGCUUUGAUUGUGGCUGUGGAGCAAGGAAAAUGGUUGACAAAAAACGAGCCUAGAGUGAGCUUGUGA